CUUCGCAUUCACAAUGCAGCGGGUUCUCAGCUCUGGCCGGCAGCGGCUCCAAACCCGUUCCUGCGGUGGAGUGUGUUUCUUCCCCUCUUGAUCCGGAGCAGCCCGGGAGGAAAAGCCUGUCAGGGCUGAAUUUACAGCCCUGGAUGCCUGCCUGCCCCGAUCGCUCUCACGCGGACGGAGUGGGGCUGGGACCAGCGCUCCCUCGCUCGGAGGUGGAUGCGGCGUGGCUGGGAGCGCACGGCGGGCUUUGGGAAGAGAGGUCCCCGGACGUGGCCGCUGAGCGCCCGGCUUCACCGCCCUGCCCAGCGCAGAGAGCCCCUUCCUCCGCCGGAGCCCCCCGCUGGCUCUGGACCAUGCGCCUGGGGAGGGCCAGUUUACCUGCGGGGAGCAGCCGGUCCCGGCACCAGCAGCCACGGGCAAGUCAGAGUGAAUCCCCUAUUGUGCAGCCAGGACACGAGGUGGAGAGUGACUUAUAAUGGCUGGGAAACGACACUUAGAGGACCUGGACCCUGUGGCCUACAACAAGUUACCUCGGCUGGAGACAGAGCCAAAUUGUGUCCUCCCCACGGGCUUGUGUAAAUCAAGCCCCUUGCCUAGUCAUGGCUCUGAAAACCAUUUCAGCUACAAGGGAACCUACUUUGCUUAUCCGCUGCAAAGCCCCGAUGGGAUUGAGUCUCUGACCCAUUGGAGUCCAGCCGCAUCUUACAUGCAAUAUCCAGGUAAUGCUGCCAGCCAGCACAUGAGGACAGAUGGUGCGCUGAUGAACUGCCUGCUGUACGGACGAGAAGCUGAGAGCCUGGCGGUAAGACUCCGGCGCUCUGGUGCUGACAAAGGGAAGGACAGCAUGGUCCGAGACCACCUGGUUGCUCAGGAGAAGUGGGCAAAUCAUAUGCAGCAGGCUCAGGGCCAUGCUUUCCCAGUGCAAAAACCUGGGCUCCUAAACAAAACAGUUGCUCAGGCACCUACAGGGUAUUCCACCUUGGCAGUGCCCAAGCCAGUUUAUAGAAGCCCUGUUUGCUAUGUGGACCCCAGGGCUUCUAUGUCCUUACAAACUCAGAUGGAGAGUAUGCAGAAGAGGCCGUCAGAAGUGGAAUGGACUGUACCAGCCCCAGUACCCUCAGGGCACUAUAUCCAUGCAAAAGACCAGUCUUGUGGAACUGCUUUACCCAAGAGAGCCCAUCAUCCUGAUCCCAGCUUCCUGCAGUUACACCAAGGCACAGGGGUUCCCACUAAAGAGAUGGUAGCAGCCUCUGUAGGCUUUCCACCUUACCACGCAGCAUUUGAGAAAUACAGAGUACAUCAAAGCACCUCCUUUCUUGAAGCAAACUACCCAGCCGUGUACAACAACCAGAAAAGGGCCAAAGAUGUACAUGGCAGCAGCUUAUCCCAGCAUACAUGGUCCAAGCUACAGCCUGCUGCUGCCAGCCCACUGGCCCAUUCCCAAACAGCAGCCUAUCGGGAUAGAUCUCCAGCUUGCUACUCAGUGUCUCACUACCCACUGACCUCACACAAGCAAACAUUUCUUUAUCAGGAGGCCCCUCAUGCUGAGGAACAGAAUGGCACUCUGUCGACCUUGCCAACUGCAGGUGGCUACAAAGGAACCAACUUUCCAGGAAGUGGGGAACCUCGGCCCUUUUCUAGCACUUACCUGAGACAUCAUUCCCCAAGAGGCUAUUAUGCCAGCCCUCUGGAGAGCUAUGUGUAUAGCCCAGCUGGUCUAAUUCCAGUGGCCUCUCCAGCUUUGAAGCCUGGAGUUUCUUCUAGCGAACUGGAGCUCCAGCAGAAUUCCAGCUGCAAAGUGGACUAUCUGCAGCAGAACCCCAGUUUUGUUUUUGCACCUUCUGACAUGGCUUUGUACAAUGCCUCCUUAGCCAAUACGGAUGCGGGUCAUGAUGGGCACAUUGACAGCAGAGUAGCUACUUCUCAUGGGACUCAGUCGGUGAGGGAGAAUCCCAGAAGCAAAGAGGUUGCUAACCAGCACGGUGCUUUCCAACUGAUUGGUGCUCUAGAUAGGCUACCCAACAGCUCCAAAAGGCUCACUGAAGCACUACCUAAAGGAGAGCCAGGCUAUGGGUCGGGCCUGUGUCAGACAGAACAACCCAACCUGCAUGGGAAGGAACAAUCCCACUCAGAGAGAAGGUCCAGCUUAUCCAUGAAAGAGCCUAUGCACAGAAACACAGGGAUUCAUGAAGCUCAGUUAGGAGCUCCCAUUGUCAUUACUGAUAGUCCAGAUCCGUACCACCACCACAAAAAAGGAGAAGCCCCCAAGGUCAAAGGCAGGCUUGUUUCCUCACCCCAGAUAAUUUCCUCUGAGGAGGGACUGAAAAGCCUGGCAGAUGCAGGUUCUCCUCCCUCCUCCCCACCUAUGCCAGUUAUCAACAAUGUCUUUAGCCUGGCACCUUACCGGGACUACAUAGAAGGGUCCAAAGAGUCGGCAGAGAUUCCCUUAUCAAAAGAUCACCAAGAGGAAGAGUCCCCCUUCCGAAACAGCCUAGCAAGUGGAGACUGUAAGGCUGUCUCAGAGCCACCUUCUGCCAAGGAUUCAUCAGAAAAACCUCUUGGGAAAGAAGCAACCCAGGCCCUAAAAGCAGAGAUUGGGAUGGGUGAAAACCUCAAUGCGAUACAGCAGGAUGGAAGCUGUAACAGCAGGACUUGUGAGAUCUACAAGCCAAAGAUUCUGCCACGCAGCCUGCCAGCAAGAAGUGAGCCACAGAGCAGCGGCAUCAGUGCUCCAGCUGCCACUGGGAGCAGGGAACUUGCUCAAGAAGAUGUAGUGCUAGACCUCAGCUUGAAAAAAGAGCUAGUGAAGGCCAAUGAUCCUCUGAGCCCAGCUGGACAGACCGAGGUGACUCCUAAAGGAGAAUGUGGUGAGGAGGAGGUGAAAGAGGGACCACUCAAAAAGCAGAGGGUGUUCGAGAGUUCCAAGACCCAGGCCUUGCCUUUGUCAGUGGAAAAUAGCUCCGGGGACAAGAGCAACUUCCAGAGCUCGACAGCCUUCAUGUUCAAAAAAUACAAAAUCUCUAAAUCUCUCCCGACACGAGCAGUGCCCCCAGUACAGGCCAAUAGUCCCCUGGCAGCCACGCAGGGCCCCCUGGCAGCUUCCCAGGCCAAUAGUCCCCUGGCACCCGCGCAGGGUCCUCCGGCAGCCGCCCAGGCUAACAGCCCCCCGACAGUGACACAGGAUCCCCUUGCAGCCACCCAGGCCAACAGUUGCCCAGCACCCAUCCAGGCCAACAGCCCCCCAGCAGCGAUGCAGGGCCCUCCAGCACCCAUCCAGGCCAACAGCCCCCCAGCAGCGACGCAGGGCCCCCCAGUACCCAUCCAGGCCAACAUCCAACCCUUGCAGAUGACGUGCCUUUAUCUGAAACUUCCCGACAUUUCAAAGUCUCUGUCCCCCAGUGCCCCAGAGGCCUCCCCGGCACUGGGUGAGGCCAAUGUCUCGCUGCCCAGCAACUGUGAGCCCCCUGCCCAGCAGACUUCAUCCACCCAAUAUUUCACUGCAUUGCACAUAUCUCUCUGCAACAGGAUUUCAUAUUUUGUGUCCGGAACAUCUCCGGAGCUCCUCAAGCAGUGGCUGAGGAGGGUGGAGCUGGAUGGGGAGCAGAAAGAGAGCUCAAAAUCUCCGCUCAAACCCAAGAAUGGUUCCCGGAUCCUGGAAGCUCAGAAAGCCUCCAAAGGCAAGGAGAUCUGGCUGGGUUUCCAGGAUAUCAGCAUGCUCCUCAGCAAGCUGCUGUCUCAGCUGGAGACCUUCAUGUUCACUCGCAAGUGCCCCUUCCCACAUGUGGUUCGAGCAGGUGCCAUCUUCAUUCCUAUUCAUGUGGUGAAGGAGAAACUGUUCCCCAAGCUUUCUGGAGCAUCUGUGGACCACGUGCUGCAGGAGCACAAGGUGGAGCUGCGCCCCACCACCCUGUCUGAGGAGAAGCUUUUGAGGGACUUAGAGCUUAAGUGCUGUACUUCCAGGAUGCUGAAGCUGCUCGCCCUGAAACAGCUGCCUGACAUCUACCCAGACCUUCUGAAUCUCCACUGGCAUGACUGUGUCAAGCACUAUCUUGGUGAACCUGGUGCAGGGACUCUGACAGAUGAAGGCAAAGGAGUAGCAGUGGAUUACGUGAAGAAGAAAGCAACUGGGGGCCUGAUGAGUGCAAGAGCCGGAACGCCGGCCAACUUGUUCAAGGGAAAGCACAGGAAAGGAAAGUUUCUGAUCUCAUCUAAACAGGGGUCUCCUUUCCAGGAGGGGACUGCUGCCCUGGGACAAGAGAAAACCGAGUCGCUUGACGAAAAGCCUCAGGGAAGCUUCUCCCCUCCUCAUGGAGGGGAUACUUUGCUCAAGGAUGGGAGACCAUCUUCCCAGGUUGUUCCCAGCUCCCUGGAUUCAAAACCAAAUGGACUCCCACCACCCUCUGGUGCCAAGAGGCAACUUCUCCAAACCCAAAAGCCUUGUAGGACCCUUCAGCUGAAGCUGACCAGUAAGGCAUCCAGGAAGACCAGGAGUACCUCAAGGGUUUUGCAUCUCCGGAACUCAAUGGUCCGGAUCAAAUUCCAGAGGGUCCUUCGGGGAGCACAGAGGACUCCUCUCCAUGACACUAGCGGGAUGAGGGGGAGGGGUCCAGCUUCAAGGCGAGGCUGCUCCCUCCUCAGCAAGACCUUCAGGCACGAGGCGGAGAGUCCGACCUCCCCAUCCAGGUACCCGGAACUGGUGGGCAAGCGGAUCAGACAUCUGUAUGAGGAGAAUGACAAAACAGAGGCCUGGUACCAGGGGGUGGUGCUGAGGAUCCACAAGCAUCACAAGGACCCCCUCAAGACCGUGUAUGAGGUGAAGUAUGACAGUGAGCCUGAGUGGCAGUACUACCUGGAGAUCCUGCAGGACUACAAGAAAGGCUGGCUGAAAGUGGAUGAAUGAAAGUGGACCUUGGCCAUCGCUGGUGGCUCGCAGCACUAAUGGCUCCAACUCAGUAAGAGUAAAAAGCUCUGGGGCUUGUUUAUUGUCUUCCCCACCAUGGUCUCAUCUCAGUCAAUGGACUAAACGGACCCAGGUGUCGAUGGGGAGAAAAGCCACAUAACUAAAUAAGUUCAUUCCUUUCUCCUCCUCCACUCCCCCUGCACCUUCUGAAUGGACAUCAAAGCACCAAUGUGCCUUGUGCCUGUAGCAGGAAGUCCAGAAGAUAAAUUCCACAUGGAAGGCAACUGGACUUGGUUCAGUGGGAGAGGAAUAAUUGCAUCUAUUCAAAGCAAUAUUUCCCCCAGACUGACCAUUCUCCCCUAAUCCAUAACCUCCCAUCAUUCCUUAUUGGCAUGGAUAUCCCCCACCGGGGAGAGCAGUCUCCUUCCUGGAGGCUGGGCUCUCACAUGGAGGCCACCUUCAUUGUUCAAAGGGGACAGGCCCUCCACGUGCACAACCCCAGCAGCCUAUAGAGGGCACCACACCAAGCACAUGUAGCUCAGGAGUACAGCAGGGAAGUGGUGUCACUCUGUUUUUCCACUAGGCACCUUUUCUUUUCAUCUCCUUUGCUCCCACUUGAUUUUUGUUGGAUCAUCUCUCUCUUUACACAGCCUCCCGGCCACUGUUUUCAGAUAGAAUGUAUUUCUGCUCUUUCACGCUCACCUGACAGUUUGUGCAGGUUCCUGUUCAAAAUGCACCCUAUGAGCAAUCCCCCCUUGGUCUAGCUGGUGACUGCUGGAGACACAAUAUCCUUGAAGCUGAGUUGCAAUUGGACACAUGGGGCUUGAUUCUGCUACCACGGAGUCAGUGGGAGUCAGGCCAUGACUUUCAUGGAGCAGGAUCUGGCUCUUACAGUCAAAAUUUGUGAUUUUUGUGCACUCUAUGCAAUCCUCUUGGAGAUGGUUUGAUCUUGCACAGGAUCUAAACUGGUGCUGAAUGUGGUCCUUAUACAUCUCCCCCUGCCCCCAACACACAUAGUUUCUUAAUUUUUUUAAAUAUUUCUUUUUAGUUUAAUAUUCUAUGGUGGGUUUUGAAAGUGCAUUUUCUGUGGAGCUGGAAGCUCUACAAGAGACAGACUAAGCCCACUCAUGUUAAUGGCCUCAUUGCUUCCAGAGCAGUUUGAGUGGGCUUGCUGAUUUAAGUGUUUUAAGAACACUUCAGAAUGUACAGCACUGAUUGGCUGGGACAGGGGCAGUAGCUGGCUCUGUUUUCCAUUGCUAAGUUUGUAAACCUUUCCUCUUUCAGAUCUGUAUCUGAUCUGCUUGGCAGAGUAGCUUUUUUUUUUUGGGGGGGGGG